AUGCCCGCUCUCCGGUCUUCGAGUCAAGACUAUGCUGGUCAUUCGUCCAACGAUGGCUCCGUCAUGCAAAUCAAACAAAGUUUAUCAAUGCCUCCAACGAAGAAGGCUGAUUGCAGGCGUAUGUCACAAUCUGGACCCCCAUCGAAGCGCAAUUCCCCGAGGACUCCCGCUGCAAAUAUUGCGCCAGCAGAGAUCCUGCUGGACAUCUUCUCCGUGCUGGCACCGCGGGACUUCGACAAUGCCCGACGGACAUGCUCACAGUGGAUGCGAGCCAGCUUGGACCGCAGGCUACUCGAGACCAUGUUGAAACGAGCAGGGUGGUGGGACGCAUGGUUACAAGAUUGCAGAACACCCUUAAUCACCAGUCGGCUGGAUGAAAGCGAGGUUUGGAGAAUGAGCCGACGGUUCGCAACAGAAUGUCUCCUCUCCGGGCGGAAGUUGGCUUCCGGGAAGACGGGAUUCUCGACUACCACCGUGGUGGACUUUUCCGGCCUCUCUGAAGUCGCAAAGAAGAAAUCUCGUGGUACCCGAUUUUAUCCUGUCUCCGAAAUGGAUGAGGGCAAAUCACGGGAGUUAUCGACUUUCACCGUCAGUGGCUGCAGCAACUACCUUCUCGUGACGACUGGCUGCAUGAUCGAUCUAUAUCGCCUUCUGGGUCGAAAGACCAGGCCAACGACUGCAUCAGAUGUCAAUGAUCUUGAUUUGGCGCCAAUCUCAAGUAUCUCAUGUCCAUUUAAUGUUCUUUCGGCCACCAUCGACACCAGCAAGCAUCAGUUCACCAUUGCUGCAUUGCUUUGCAACCGAAUGGGCAUGAUAUGCAACUUGGAUAUGACCACGCCCAAAGACCCAACACCAAAGGGUUCUUUGCUAACACUGAAACCGACGUCCCGCCACUUCUUCUACAAUAUCUGCACACCAGAAAAUCCACCGCGGACAGUAGCCAUCUGUCCCGGCCGCUCCCUCGUUGCCUUUGGCUGCGCCGCAGGCAUUGAAAUCCACAGCGUCAGUGAAACAAAACGCAACGACCAUCGCAAGCACUUCACUCUCCCUCAACCCUCGGAAAUUCUUCACUUCCUCCCCAGCAGCCCAGAAACACCCAGCGAGCUCCGUCUCAUAUCCUCGCUAUCUGGGCCAGGCUUCCACGAAUGCAAAUGUCCCCCUUCACCCUCACUCUCAUCUCCAACCCCAUCCACCUCUUCACCAAAACUCGACCCAAAGAACGGCCAAUUCCAUUUUCUAGCCGAUGUCCAAUCCUUCAGCCGCCGACGUAUCCCCCACGCCCCAUCUCGCUCUUUCGUCCGCGCAACACACUGCCACCACUACCGCGCCGUCCCAAUAAACGACGGCUUCCACAUCAUGUUCAUUGAGCCACGCACGAAUCUCCUAUGUAUUGGCACCAACGCUCCAAUCGGUGGGCCGACAAGCCUCACACGCGCAUUCGUCUGCAUCCCUCCACCAUCCGCGAGCCCUCGUCACAGACACAUCAGGACCCCACCUCCAUCGCCCUCUCUCUCAGCCAAAGCCCCUACUCCGGCAGAUACUCCAGUCCCAACAGUCUUUGCCGCUGGCUCCGAUGUCCGCUGGGGUCUGCGCGUCGUAGCAGCCUACGGCAACCGCCUCGUGCUAUACUCAGUUCCCUUGGACGUGUUCAAUGUAAUACGCAAAGAGCGCGAGUGCCAACGGGACGGAAUCAUGGGCGAUGGAGACCUUGUGCGUGACUGGUACACUGACCCAGAGCGGUCCAGCAAGCGCCAGGAGAGUCUAGUGCAGAACAAUAACGGGGACUGGGAGUUCCUGUUAUCUGUCUCUUACCGGCCUACUUCUAUGAUGUGGCCAUUCAAGAUCUAUGGUAAGGAGAUUGGGAGUGUCAAGGGGGUUGUCGAGCUUUCUUUGCAGUCUUCUGAGGGUGGACUGCGAGUUUGGGCUUUUGGGGAGGAUGGGAAAGCGUCUGUCUUGGAUGUCGAUACCGGUGAUGUUCCUACGCGGUCUGUCGGUGUUGGCUCUGAUGGGAAGCUGGAGGACCUUGGUAAUAUCCACAAGUCUGGGAUGAACCUUGGGCUGCAGGUUUCGAGGAAGCGGAAGUUCGAGGAGGAGAAGAGUGGGUUUGCAGGACGGUAUGGUGCUGGUCGCUAUUCUGCUGAUGGGGUAGAUGGGCUAAAGCCUUGUGCUGCUGGCGUUCAUGGUGUACAUCAGGAUCCUUCUGUUCGGCGUUCGUCUUUUGCGGCUUGCAUUAUAGACUUCAAGAUUCCCGAAUUGGGAAAUUGA